AUGCAUGACGCCUUCGAGCAUGUGCCGAUCCUGGAGAAGCUGCCGCUGCAGAUCGACUGCCUGGCGGCCUGGGAGGAAUGGCUCCUUGUUGGUACCAAACAAGGGCAUCUUCUGCUUUACAGGAUCAAGAAAGACGCAGUGCCAGGAGAGGUUAUGUCAUCAGAAAGUGUCUGUUGCAAUAGGUUUGAAGUGACACUAGAGAAAUCCAACAAGAACUUCUCAAAAAAGAUUCAGCAGAUUCAUGUUGUUUCUCAGUUUAAAAUUCUGGUCAGUCUAUUAGAAAAUAACAUUUAUGUCCAUGACCUAUUGACAUUUCAACAAAUCACCACGAUUUCCAAGGCAAAAGGGGCAUCUCUCUUCACUUGUGAUCUUCAGCAAUCAGAUACAGGGGAAGAGGUGCUGAGAAUGUGUGUGGCAGUGCGCAAGAAGUUGCAACUUUAUUUUUGGAAGGACAGAGAGUUUCAUGAACUGCAAGGGGACUUAAGUGUGCCUGAUGUACCAAAGUCUAUGGCCUGGUGUGAAAACUCCAUCUGUGUCGGCUUCAAGAGGGAUUAUUAUCUGAUAAGGGUGGAUGGAAAAGGAUCCAUCAAAGAACUGUUUCCCACAGGGAAGCAGCUGGAACCAUUGGUAGCUCCUGUAGCAGAUGGGAAAGUUGCGGUUGGCCAAGACGAUCUAACAGUUGUGCUCAAUGAAGAAGGAGUCUGUACUCAGAAAUGUGCCUUGAAUUGGACAGAUAUUCCUAUAGCCAUGGAACACCAGCCUCCUUACAUCAUUGCUGUUCUGCCAAGAUACGUGGAAAUCCGCACUUUUGAACCUCGGCUGCUGGUACAGAGUAUUGAGCUGCAGAGACCACGCUUCAUCACCUCUGGAGGCACAAAUAUUAUUUAUGUAGCAAGUAAUCACUUUGUUUGGCGGCUCAUUCCGGUGUCCAUAGCCACACAGAUCCAGCAGCUUCUGCAGGACAAGCAGUUUGAGUUGGCUUUGCAGUUGGCGGAAAUGAAGGAUGAUUCAGAUAGUGAGAAGCGACAACAAAUCCACCACAUAAAGAACCUCUUUGCCUUCAACCUCUUCUGCCAGAAGCGCUUUGAUGAAUCCAUGCAAGUUUUUGCCAAGCUUGGUACAGAUCCCACUCAUGUGAUGGGUCUGUAUCCUGACCUCCUGCCCACAGAUUACAGGAAACAGCUACAGUAUCCCAACCCCCUGCCAGGGCUCUCUGGGGCAGAGCUGGAAAAGGCACAUUUAGCUCUGAUAGACUACUUAACUCAAAAAAGAAGUCAGCUGGUGAAGAAGCUGAAUGAUUCUGACCAUCAGUCCAGUACUUCGCCCCUUAUGGAAGGAACGCCCACUAUCAAGUCCAAAAAGAAGCUGUUACAAAUCAUUGAUACCACCCUAUUAAAGUGCUACCUCCAUACAAAUGUAGCCCUGGUGGCACCGUUGCUACGUCUGGAGAACAAUCACUGCCACAUUGAGGAGAGUGAGCAUGUGCUAAAGAAGGCACACAAAUACAGUGAGCUGAUAAUACUCUAUGAGAAGAAAGGUCUGCAUGAGAAAGCAUUACAGGUCCUGGUGGAUCAGUCUAAGAAAGCCAACUCACCUUUGAAGGGUCACGAGAGGACAGUGCAGUAUCUGCAGCAUUUGGGGACAGAGAACUUGCACUUGGUAUUUUCCUACUCUGUCUGGGUGCUAAGAGAUUUUCCUGAAGAUGGGCUGAAGAUAUUUACAGAAGACCUCCCUGAAGUGGAAGCUUUGCCACGAGACAAAGUGCUCAGUUUCUUGAUAGAAAAUUUUAAAAGCUUGACUAUUCCUUAUCUGGAGCACAUAAUCCAUGUCUGGGAAGAAACCGGUGCGGACUUCCACAACUGUCUGAUCCAGCUGUACUGUGAGAAAGUGCAGGGCUUAAUGAAAGUGUAUCUCAACUCCUUCCCUGCAGGUAAAGCUCCAGUGCCUGCUGGGGAGGAAGGAGGAGAGCUGGGGGAUUACCGGAAAAAGCUUCUGCUUUUUCUGGAGAAGUCUAGCUGGUAUGAACCUAGUCGACUAAUUAGUGACUUCCCCUUUGAUGGUCUCCUAGAAGAACGUGCUCUGCUCUUGGGUCGUAUGGGGAAACAUGAGCAAGCUCUGUUUAUUUAUGUUCAUAUUUUGAAGGACACCAACAUGGCUGAAAACUACUGCCAUAAACAUUAUGACAGAAACAAAGAUGGCAACAAAGAUGUCUAUCUGUCUCUGCUCCGGAUGUAUCUCUCCCCACCCAGUGUUCAUUGCCUGGGACCAAUCAAGAUGGAAGUGCUGGAGCCUCAAGCCAAUCUGCAGGCUGCUCUGCAGGUUUUGGAACUACAUCACAGCAAACUGGAUACCACCAAGGCGAUAAACCUACUCCCAGCAAAUACACAGAUUAGUGAGAUUCGAAUCUUCUUGGAGAAAGUGCUUGAAGAAAAUGCUCAGAAGAAAAGAUUUAAUCAAGUACUCAAGAAUCUUCUCCAUGCAGAGUUUCUGAGGGUCCAGGAGGAGCGAAUCUUGCAUCAGCAAGUGAAGUGCAUUAUUACAGAGGAGAAGGUGUGCACUGUAUGUAAAAAGAAGAUAGGUAACAGUGCAUUUGCUCGAUACCCUAAUGCAAUAGUUGUGCAUUAUUUCUGCUCCAAAGAAGUCAACACAUUGGACACCUGACCUUGUCACGGUCAACAAUCCAAAGGUUCAUGAGACAUUCAGAAC